GAGGGUUUCGCGGAUCAUCGAUCUUCUCUGUUCUUCUGCCUCCGCCGACACAGAGAGGAAGAAGACGUUGAAGAAUCAGACAAGCUUUAGGCCUCUGUCGUUUUCUUCUCCUCUUCGAAUUCCAGUAAUUAAAUUUCUACCAUCUAGUGCUUGAGAGCUGUGUCGUAGUGAAGCAGAGCGAGUACAAUAUAUUGUUCUUCGUUUCUUGUUCUUCAGUAGGUAACAUUAAGGGGACUCUUGGCCAAAUAUUUGAAGCAGUACCUGUGUUCAUAGAGAAUGGGAGCAGAAGAAGUUCUGGGUUCUCCUUUCAGCUCAAAUACCGUGGAAAAACCUGAAUUAAGCGACAGAGAUUCAGUGUAUGCUGUUAGAACUGCCCUUGCAUUUGUCCAAAAUGGGGAUUCUGAUCUUUAUGCUGAGCUUAUUAAACUCAUGUACCUUAAAGAAUACUCUGAUUCCGAUGCAGUGGCACAGCUUGAGGUACUCUUGAAAGCUCUAUCCGGUUCUGUUGCUUGCAUAGAUGUAGUUCACCAUCGAAAUCUUCUCGCUUCUAUUUUUAGGAUGAGCUUGUGGGAUCACAAACCUAGUGUCAUGGAUGCAUUGGUGGACCUAGUCAUAUCACUGGCCGCUACUAGUGGAAAGUAUCUGGACCAUUGUUUGAAUUGUCUCAUAAGUAAUUUCAUUCCACCUCCUACUGUUAUGCUUAAACUUUCCCAAGGCUCGAAACGCGUAGUCAACAAGAAGGAGGAAGUUCUUUCCCGGGUGCAUGCAGCCCUUCACAAGAUUUCUUAUUUGGUUCCUCUUGCUCCCUCAAAAUUAGUGCCCAUACGUGCUCAGAGAAUGCCUAAACUGCACGCAAAGGACGAUUUGAUAUCAAUAUAUGUGGAUAACUUGUUGAAGUUGGAGAAUAGCUCAAUCGGGAAAGUUGUUGGCAGCGUGAUUAUUAUGGUGGUGAUGGAGAGGUUGCGAGAUUUGGAUCUUGAGAUUGGGUGGGAUGAUAUUCUGCAAGAUGACUCUAGAAGAGGAAUGUUUGAUAUGGAACUUGAAGAUGCAGUUGAAGGCACUAUGGAUGAAGGAGACGAGUGUCCAGUGGAGUCUCUAAAUCAAAAUACUUUGUAUGGGAAUGUAGACUUUGAGGCGUUGGACAAUUUGAUGGUCCUAACUUUUCACCAUCUUGAAUCAUGUAAAAAUUCUGGUCGUUUGGAUGAGGUGUUUGAAAUCCUCUUCGAGUCGUUUGAGAAUUUCAUUCUGAACACACACAAAUCAAAAUUUUCACAGUUCCUGAUGUUCUACGCGUGCUCACUAGAUCCUGAAAAUUGUGGUGUAAAAUUUGCCACUAAGCUGUUAGACAUAUAUCUCUCCGGCAACAAACCUCGACUUACUAGGAUGAGUGCAGUGGCUUAUCUAGGUAGCUACUUGUCUCGUGGACUGUUUUUGCCAUCUUCUUUUGUGGCUAGUAUGUUGAAAAGAUUGGUGGACGAGUGUGCAGAUUAUUGCAGAACAUGCAAUGAUGAUGUUAGGCCUGAAGCACAUCAAGUUUUCUACUCGGGAUGUCAGGCAAUCCUGUACGUGCUAUGCUUUCGAAUGAGAUCCAUCCUGGAAGUUUCUCGCUUUCAAUCGCAGCUUUUACCCUUGGAGUCAAUUUUAUCUCACAAACUAAACCCAUUGAUGGUGUGCCUUCCAUCAGUAGUUUCUGAGUUCCUAAAACAAGCCAAAGCUGGUGGUCUGUUCAUUGUCUCAGAAGCCUUCAUUUUCGAUGGCCUACUCGAGUCCGAGCUCUCUCGUGCUUUUGGUGGCCAUGAAAGGCUUGAUACAUUCUUCCCGUUCGACCCUUGCUUAUUGAAAAACUCUAACAGUUAUAUCUCUCGGAACUUCAACUACUGGUCAAUGGUGAAACCGACAUAUGAAGAAGAUGAUGAGGAUGAGCUUUGUGCUGAGGUCAUAGUGAAUGGAGAUGAAGACAGUGAAGAUGACUGUGCUGAUGACGUGGAUGUCGAUACCGAGAUGAUGAACAAGAUGUCUAUAACUACGAAACAUUCCUUCAUGCUUGAAACAGAGGAGCUCUUGGAGAUGCCUUCUAGAAUCAGACCAUCCACUAGUCCUCCUGAAUCCUUCCGAAUCUAAUGGAGGGAAUGCCAAUUUUGCAAAUUAAGGCUUUUAAUAUAAUAUUUUUGCGAGUUUGUAAAGUCUGAAGAAUACUUUUCAUGGAAAUUUUUGGCAUGAAUCAAAGUUAGAAAAUUAGGCAGAAGUAUUAAUGUUUCAUGUAAGUUUUUUUCUUGGGUCUUUAAAGGUACAUUAAAAACUUUGGGAUAAUUUUGAAACAUGAACAUUUUAGAGUGCAGUAUUAG